GCUGCAGGCACUGAGCUCUUAGCAGCUGCCUGGGCAAGAGGCGCUGCGAUGGGCUCCGUGCUGAGCAGCGACAGCGGCAAAUCCGCGCCCGCCUCCGCCACCCGGCGGGGCCUGGAGCGCAGGGGGAGCCCCGCGCUGCCAGUCACGUCCUUCGACUGCUCUGUGUGCCUCGAGGUGUUACACCAGCCUGUGCGGACCCGCUGUGGCCACGUAUUCUGCCGUUCCUGUAUUGCUACCAGUUUGAAGAACAAUAAGUGGACCUGUCCUUAUUGCCGGGCAUAUCUUCCUUCAGAAGGAGUUCCAGCAACUGAUGUAGCCAAAAGAAUGAAGUCAGAGUACCGGAAUUGCACCGAGUGUGACACCCUGGUAUGUGACUCUGUGUAUGCUCAAGAUUUCAUGUUUGAGGAUUUUAAUAUAAUUGAGGAAGCUCUUAUCCGAAGAGUCUUAGACCAGUCACUUCUUGAGUAUGUGAAUCACUCAAACACCACAUAAUUGUAUGAAGAGGAAGGAGAAGGAGACCAUACAACUGCACCAUUUGUAGAGAUGCUGCUUGAACAAUUGGAGGGAAAUUGUCAAUUUUUGAUGGGCAAAAGUGUACAACAUCGUUCGUCCGUGUUUAUUGUUAUAUUGCAUUUAAAAAUGGCUUUCAUUUUGAUGGUUUAAAUCUAUUUUAUGUUCUUGAGUUUUUUAGACAAUUAACAACAAAAAAAUAGUCUCCAGCCAUUAAUAUUAUGGCAUAGAACACAGACCUGGGUAUAUGGAUCUUUAUUUGCAAAUUGGAUGAUAGUGUGUAAUGCUACAUGUUAAUAACUACCUUUAUGCUUGGACAGGAUAAUUUUUGUUCUGUGUAAAAAGAUGGAGAGUGAAACUGAGUGUGGACAUUCAAGGAUAUACAAAAUAUGUUCCAAUACUCAUGUUCUAGCUUAGAAUAGAAUAACAUGAAUAAUCUUUUAUGGAAAUAGGAAAGGAAAAUAUUGAAAGUCAACAAAGUCCAUUUAAUCCAAUUGUAUUACAUAAUACCGUAACAAAAUUAAUUUUGUGUUAGGAAUGUAUACUUAAUUCUUUGACUGCUUAUAACUAAAUGCACACAUAAGAAUUUAAUAUAUUUUUCAAAUAUCUAUAGGUUAUUAUUUAGAAAUAUUUCUAUAAUUUAGGCAAUUUCUUAAGAACCAUCAGCUACUAUUUAUAAGUAGAAGUAUUCAAAUCCAUAGUUUUUACUGGAAAACCCUAAGGGCUUUUUUUUUUUCGUUAUAAUCUUUAAAAAAAUUAUAAAGUAAAUCACAAAUACUGAAAGCCAAACACAGCAACCAAGGUCAUGAAACAACUUGUGUAAAAUUAGUUUACUAUGUAAACUUCACCUAAAGCACAAUAAAAUGUUUUUUUUUUAAAAAAUAAAAAGAGCUCACAGC